UCUGGCAUCGCUAUUUAUUACUUCUGCCUUGACCUGACCACCUGACUCUCUGUCAAGUUAGCCGCCUAGCUCCGCUAUCCCUGCCUCCAAAAUCCAAAGUUGACAUUAUUGUAGGAGUCAAACAGAAGUGAUGGGCCUCGUCCAAGGUUCAUUUUUGUCCGAUGGGGAGGCUACGAGUGGCUACCAUGUUAAUGGGAUUCAAGAUGGGUCCCCUGCUUUCAAAGCUGGUUUGGAGCCAUAUUUUGACUUCAUCAUCUCCAUUGGAAACACAAGACUUAGUAAAGAAGGCAACUUGCUGAAAGACCUGCUGAAGGCUAAUGUGGAGAAGUCUGUGACGCUUCAAGUGUACAGCAGCAAGACACAGCGGAUGAGGGAGCUGGAGGUGACCCCCGGUAAUAUGUGGGGGGGCCAAGGUCUGCUGGGGGCAAGCGUCCGCUUCUGCAGUUUUGAAGGGGCUGCUGAAAAUGUCUGGCAUGUCCUGGAUGUCGAGGCCAACUCUCCCGCAGCCUCCGCUGGCCUCAUUGCGCAUGUUGACUUUAUCGUGGGAGCUGACCAGCUGUUGCAAAGUUCGGAUGACUUCUUUUCCUUAAUUGAAGCUAAUCAGGGCAAAGAGCUGAAGUUGCUGGUGUACAACACGCAGAGUGAACGGUGCAGAGAAGUGGUGGUGACUCCAAAUGAGACUUGGGGAGGGGAAGGAAGCUUAGGUUGUGGUAUCGGCUAUGACUAUUUACAUCGUAUUCCAACACGUCCGCCUUCAGCCAGCGACCUGCCAUCUAAGGUAGAUGAUGACAAGGUGCCUUUGCUAAGUAAGGAUAAGCUUUCGGAGAAGCAUCCAUGUGAAGCCGCACAAUCAGCAGACUGUGAAUCAUCAUUCAUCCCCCAAACACCUCCUGAAUUAAACUCUGAGCUUCUGAUAAGUGAACAGGUCCACAAUGUAGCUUGUGACAAGGAGGACUGUGGGGGUCUGGUGGUCGCCACAGGGACGCGACCUGAUGUAGAGGUGGGACUUGCUGAGGCUAGUUUAGAUGCCACGACGUGCCAAGAAUGACUGGCAUUGCAAAAAUUCAUUGUCAUUGGAACUUCUUCGUUAAUGCAUUUGCUAAUUUGCACAUUUUACCUCAAAAGACUUUCUUGGAAUGUGGGCUUUCAGUUAGAACAUUCACUACACUGUUUGCAAUCUCAGGCAUCUACUGAAUCGCCUUUUUGCCUUUUUUUUUUUUUUUUUGCCUGCUUACUUGCAUUCACAUAGUAAGAAUCACCUUUUUGCCUUUUUUUAACCUACUUACUUGCAUUCACAUAGUAAGAGAAUCAUUUCAAUGCCUAAAGCUUUCAUUUAAAAAUGUUUUUUUUUUUUUUUUCAAAUUGAUGAAAAAAGUAUGUGUGUAAUGCUGCUAAUUUAACCUCCAACCA